UUCACUCGCAGCAGCAGCGGAGCGGGCAGGAGACCUCAUAUACCGCUGUAUAUUCCGCUGCUUAUACCGCUGCUCCCCCUCUGGUCCCCGUUCACACUGCCGGACUGUGCUCGGUGUAUGCCGUGUGUGUAUGAGGAGGCCGGGGUCGUCGUCGUAGUCGUCUGUCAGGAGCCAUAGACCGCAGGCUGGCAGGCUCAGAGCAGCGUUCACAUUGUAGAGAAAGCCGCAGCCUCCGUGCAGUACCCUCCCUGUCCUGCUGGGGCGCUCUCCUCCUCACCUGCACCAUGCCGGAUCUCAUCAGUGUCAGUGAGUUCAUCAUGGAGACCCUGGAGGACCACAGCUCCCCCACCACAUCCUCCUUCACCACCAGGAUGAGCAGCUGUCGGAGCAGCGUCAGCAUGCUGGAGGAGGCGCUGGACAACGACCGGACGGUUCUCCACAAGAUGAAGAAAGCCGCCAAAGCGAAGAACAGCGCAGGAGAAGAACACAUCACACAUCUAGAGGUUUAUAUCGCAACUUUGGAAAAACUUUCAUUAAACUGCCGGGACAACGGAGAAGAUGCCCUGAGCGACGCCUUCAACGCCUUCGCCGAACUUUCUAAGGAGUUGUUGGCUCCCAUGAAGAAUGUGCUGCAAAGCUUCAAUCACAACAUUAAUCACUUCCUCAACUCGCUGGUGAAGGGAGAUCUGAAGGAGGUGAAAGGGGACUUAAAGAAACCCUUUGAUAAAGCCUGGAAGGAUUAUGAGAAUAAAUUCACUAAAAUUGAGAAGGAGAAGAGAGAGUUGGCCAAGCAGUAUGGGAUGGUGCGGAACGAGGUGGCCGGAGGAGAGAUCGCCGAAGAGCUGGAGAAAGAGCGCAGGAUGUUCCAGCUCCAGAUGUGCGAAUAUCUGAUAAAAGUCAACGAGAUCAAAAGCAAGAAAGGCGCGGAUCUCCUCCAGAAUCUGAUCAAGCAUUACACCUCCCAGUGCAACUUUCUGCAGGAAUGUUUACAAGCCACCGAGAAGCUGAAAUCCUACAUCGAGGGCCUGACCGCCGAGCUGCAGGUUAUCAAGAGCCGGCAGGAGGAGGAGAAGAAGCAGCUCUGUUCUCUGCGGGACCUGCUGAAGCCCACGCUGCAGAUCGAGCCCAAAGAGGAUUCGAUCAGUAAGCAGCUCGUGUACAGUAUGCACCAGCUGCAGGGAAACACGCAGUACGGCACAGAGAAACACGGAUAUUUACUCAAGAAGAGUGACGGCCUCCGGAAGGUUUGGCAGAAGAGGAAAUGUUCCGUCAAGAACUGUUACCUGACCAUCGCACAUGGAACGCCAAAUCGGCAACCGGCCAAACUAAAUCUGCUGACGUGCCAAGUGAAGCCCAAUAUGGAGGACAAGAAAUGCUUCGACCUGAUCUCCCAUAACCGGACGUACCAUUUCUUGGCUGAGGACGACCAGGAGUGUAUUGCGUGGAUCUCUGUGCUAACGAACAGCAAGCAGGAGGCUCUGAACAUGGCCUUCCAUGAAGCUCGUCCCAGUGAGGAGAACAGUAUAGAAGAUCUCACCAAAGCCAUCAUCGAGGAUAUCCGGAGAAUGCCGGGGAACAGUGUGUGCUGCGACUGUGGGGCGCCAGAUCCAACGUGGUUGUCUAUAAAUCUGGGGAUCCUGACCUGUAUCGAAUGUUCCGGGGUCCAUAGAGAACUCGGCGUACAUCACUCCCGGAUUCAGUCCCUCGCCCUGGACAAGCUGGGCACCUCCGAGCUCCUGCUGGCCAAAAAUGUGGGUAACUCUGGAUUCAAUGACAUUGUGGAGGCCAAUCUCCCUUCUCCGACAGUCAAACCCACUAUAGACAGCGCCAUGACCACUAGAAAAGACUUCAUUAACUCCAAGUAUGUGCACUGGUUGUACACGAAAAGAAGCAACGUCCACCCAUUGACGCGGCUGCACGAUCUCCAGGAUGCCGUCCGGUUUAAGGAUAUUUUUGCACUCAUCCAGGCCUAUGCAGAGAAGGUUGAUCUUACGGAGCCCCUGCCCCAACCAGCACAGGAGGCUGGUGAGACCAUUCUGCAUUUGGCGGUGUUGUUAUCAGACCGAACGUCAUUACAUAUUGUUGAUUUUUUGGUGCACAACAGUGGAAAUCUCAUGAAGCAGACGGUGCGAGGGAACACUCCGCUCCACUACUGCAGCUUAUACAACAAGACCGAGAGCAUGAAACUCUUCCUAAGAGCGAAAGUCAAUGGAAAGAUAAAAAACGAAUCUGGGGAAACUGCGCUGGAUAUCGCCAGACGCCUCAAGCAUUCCCUCUGCGAAGAUUUGCUUCUCCAAGCGCAGAACAAUCAGUUUAACAUGCGUGUCCACGUGGAGUACGAGUGGCGGUUGCGCGAGGACGACAUGUAUGAAAGCGACGACGACCUUGAUGAAAGGCUGGGCCCCGUUAAGAAGGAGCGGACUCUACGGCCAUACAGCUGCUUCCAGUCACCCAGCUCACAGUUCUCCGACAGGGCAGCUCCGACCUCGUUCUUACGGCGAGCAUCUCAGGUGUCUCAAGACUGUCGGUAUGAUGUUGGCGGAGGACAAACCGGCACGGACAAUGCCCUGACACCUACCGCUCCCUUCACACCCCCGCUGCCUCCGCGCAAUCCUAUUAGAGCACCCAAUGUACCUCCACCUCCUCCCCCUGCCAGUCCCUCACCUGUCCCCAAAAAGCUGCCUGCUACACCCCCACUGACUACAAAGCACAAGAGGGCACUGUCAGAGCCGGCACCUGUCAUCCCACACAGCCCCUCCAGUCAGAGCAGCCAUCACUUUGAUUACGUCUCGUGUUGCACGUCUCCAUCCAAAUUUCUACAGUCAGAAGUUGUAUCGAGGAGACCAAGCAUUGGAUCUCCAAAACUCAGUAGUCUUCAUGAAGUGCCAGAAAUCCCUCCAAAAGUCGAUUACAGAAAUGAAGGAUUUUCAAAGGCAGGAAACCAAAGAUCAGCGCAGAGUAAUGUAUCUCCAGGGUCAUCAGUGCAAGAACUCUACCACGUGCCGACCCCCAGUCAGGAGCCCCCGCUCCCCAUGCCACGGAGGAUGAGCCUGAGUAAGCCAAAGCUCCGGCGGGUGAAGGCUUUGUUUGACUGCACUGCCGAUAGGGAGGAUGAGCUGACGUUCAGUAUAGGAGAAAUCAUCGUAGUCACAGAAGAGGAGGAUCAGAACUGGUGGAGCGGCUACAUUGAUGGACAGCUACACAGAAGAGGCGUUUUCCCAGCAUCCUUUGUUCAUAUCUUGACCGACUAAAAAAUUUAAAAUAAAUAAAUAAAUAAAGCACAAUCCCUUGAGAAACCGGAAAAAAAAAAAAAAAAAACAGAAGGAUUCAAGUUGUACAUAAAAUAUCAUCCAGGCGCCCGUACGUCUCUACGCGGAUUUGGCCCGAAGCGGAACGAAAGUUUGGAAACUUAAAUUUAACCGCCCUCCGGUCCUUCUGCUCAAUGGACGUCCGAUAAAAGGGAACAAGACCGUUAUUGCCAAAAUCUGUGACUCUCUGUGAGUGAGAGAUGAAGGGGUUAAUAGACAUAUAUUCUGCUUGUGCUGUGCCUUGUAACGCAAACGGCUUCGUGUCAUUCUUACCAACAUAUUCUUCUCGUGUGCGCUUAGCCGCCAUAUUCCUAUCUAUAUAUUACCCAACGCAGGGCCGACGCGUCCCCGGCAGCUACAGCGACCAAAUCUCAUCUCCAGCUGUUUUACGCCCGACAUGGUUCAUCUCGUCGCCUCCGCCGCGUCUGUACAGGAGCUAAAAUAUAUUUGCGCACGUUCAAUACGAUGGUGGCGGGAACCACCUUGUAAUUACGUAAAGUAUAGGAUACCAUUUUUUUUUUUUUUUUUACUUGACCUUUCAUACAUUACCAGACGUUUAAAGGGGUACUCCCCUGGAAAACAUUUUUUGGUGCCAGAAAGUUAAACAGAUUUGUAAAUGACUUCUAUUUAAAAAUAUUAAUCCUUCCAGUACUUAUCAGCUGCUCUAUGCUCCACAGGAAGUUCUUUUUUUUGAAACAGUGCUCUCUGCUGACACCUCUGUCCAUUUUAGGAACUGUAUAUAGCAGGAUAGGUUUGCUAUGGGGAUUAUUUCCUACUCUGGACAGUUCCUAAAAUGGACAGAGGUGUCAGCAGAGAGCACUGUGGUCAGACUGAAAGGAAAUUCAAAAAGAAAAGAACUUCCUCUGUAGCUAACAGCAGCUGAUAAGUACUGGAAGGGUUAAGAUUUUUAAAUAGAAGUAAGUUACAAAUCUGUUUAACUUUCUGGCACCAGUUGUUUAAAAAAAAAAAAAUGUUUCCCAGUAUACCCCAGUGACCAAUUGACACGACCCGUCGCAGUGUAGUGAUGGGAUUAUAUUCGCCAUUGACAGUUACUACAUUGAAGCCGUCCAUCCUUGUCUGGUCGCUAUUUAUUUACGAUAAUUUUCUCACCAGGCAGAACUUCUAUGUAUAGAUAAGGGCUUUUCUAGUCCGGUGCGCUAGGCAGUCGUUGUUCGCCGGUACGGCCUGACUCCAGUAAAGAUUUACAUUGAUUCUAUAAGUUGUAGGUCUUAGGGCAGUUUUUCCCAGCCAGGGUGCCUCUAGGUGAGGCAAAACUACAACUCCUGAAAGGUAAAUCAAGGCUUCCCUGAAAGGUAAAUCAAGGCUUCCUUCUCAUCUCAUCCCUUAGUGCUGUAGUCUCCAAACGUCUGCCUCCAGCUGUUGCAAAACUACAACUUCCAGUAUGUCCGGACAGCCAUAGGCUGUCCGGACAUGCUGGGAGUUGUAGUUUCGCAACAGCUGGAGGCACUCUGGUUAGAAAACACUGGCCCUAGAGCAGCACCCGCUGUUCAAUCAACCCUGCAUGAAUGCAUUCAGAGAAAUGAGCUUCAUCCUAAAUGUAUGGCCUCCAUGUCUGCCUGUGUGUAGUCUCCUGAUAGGUAGGGUUAAAUGUUGUCUUCAUAUUCCAGGUUACGUCUACAACUACAACUCUUAGCAUGCCAGGACAGCCAAAGGCUUGUCUGCCACCUCCAGAGGAUCCACUCUUUCCCUGAAAGGUAAAUCAAGGCUUCCCGCUCAUCUCAGCAGCCUUUGGCUGUCUGCACAUGCAAAGAGUUGUAGUUUUGCCACCCAGGUCGCAACACCUGGGUGUUGUGUCUUCUUCAGAUUAAGUAAAUGCUUGGAUUUGGGGGUUGGUGAAUACUUGUGGUGCUGGGUACGUUUCGGCACAUAUGAAAGGCAACGUCCUCCAUUAGGGUUCCUUUUGUCCGUGCAUCACAUUUUCUUUGUAUAACAGAAACCAUAACAAUGUGACCGAUCCAAUGGGACCAAACUGACAGUGAAGGGGUUAUCCGGAGUUGUGAAAAACUUCAUAUACUGCUGGGGUCGGGAGAACAUAGAAUAAAAACCUGAUACUUACCUUACCCUGGUCCCCCGCAGCUCCUAUUUGGUUCUAUCUGGAUCCCUGAACUUCUGUCUUCUUCCUGCAACAAGCGCUUGACAUGCAGACUCAGCCAAACACUGGCCCCGGUGGGACCAGUCUGAGAGGCCACACCCCCUCCCAUAGACUUACAUUGAGGGGGCUUGGUGUGACAUCACGAGGGGCGUGGCCGUGACAUCACGACGCCCAGACCCAGCGUUCAGAACUAAAUGUUCCGGAUGCUGGGGCAGUAGAGUACCCCUUUAAAAGGGAGAAAUCUAUUGAUCAAGGUCAGUGGGGUGGGGAGAAGAUGCCAAGGACCACCCCGAUGACUCUUGGUUCAGGCAGCAUGAAAAUGAUGAACAAAAGUCUUUGGUCUAUACGCCUGUUCCUACUGACACUCACAUGCUGGGGGUAGAAGGAGACGAGCUGCAGAUCUCUGGAGGUAACAAUGGAUCGGAAAUACUCUUCUUUCACCUGCUGUUAUGGGAAAGUCUGGUGACACCCUCCCCCCCCCCCCCCCCCAACCCCUCCCCCCAGCAUGCAAGGACAGCCAACAGCUGCUGUGAUGAGAGGUAAGCCUUGAUUUAUCUUUCAAAGACAGUGUGAGUCCUCUGUAGGAGGCAGACAAGCCAUUGGCUGUCCGGACAUGCUGGUAGUUUUGCAACAGCUGGAGGUCCACAGUUUGGAUACCACUGUACUAGAUGGUCACCCAAUCCCAAUAAGACUGGUGUCGGCCGUUAUUUACCUAAUGUGUAUGGGCACCUACCUACAUUUGGUGUCUCCCAACCUAUAGUAAUACAGGUUACAAAUUAUAAGUAAAAAAGUAUUAACAUUUUUUUUUCUUUUUUAUAAAGGUUUAUAA